AUGGGUCUCGACGAAGGCGCAAUGGUCGAGCCUGUCGCGGUCGCUGUCCAAAUCACAAAAGUCGGAAAUGUCCGACCGAACCAGACCGUUGUGGUUUUCGGAUGCGGCCCUAUCGGUCUCCUCUGCCAAGCUGUUUGUCGGGCCUACGCGGCCAAAAAGGUAAUCGGGGUGGAUAUAUCGGAGUCGCGAUUAGUGUUUGCGAGCUUAUUUGCUGCGGACGAGGUGUAUUUGCCGCCUGACAGGCCAGGAAAUUCGACCGAUGAAUCGGAGUGGAGCGCACGGGUGGCCUCUAUGAUGAAGGAGAGGUUCGGGCUAGGCGAAGGGCCGGACGUGGUGAUCGAGGCGACUGGGGCGCAGAGUUGCAUUCAGACGGGGAUUCAUCUUGUCAAAAAGGGAGGGAUUUGCGUGCAAGCGGGGAUGGGGAAAGAGGUGAGUGACACUUCCAUAAGCGAUUUUAUCGUGCUGAUCCCAGGGGUCAGAAUGUUGUGUUCCCUAUCACGACCGCUUGUAUUCGCGACCUGA